AUGAGUUUGUCUCACCUAAACAACAGAGCUGAGAGCCACUUUAAAGUAUCAGAGGUCCAUGAACUGGAGACAGUGGGAAAGAAAGCUUGGGACAAUCUUGCUUACAAUGGCUCUCCCUCCACCUCCCUGAAAAUUCAAACCAUUUACAACCCCAAGUCUAUGCUGGAGAAUCCCUAUGAUAAUUUUGAAGAGGUUGGGGAUUCACUUCCCUACCAGGAAGAACGGACCAAAGCUGGGAAUGGGAAGACAAAUCCUUUCCUCAAGUGCUGCUUCUACAUCUUCAGAGGCAUCCGAGGUCUGUGGGGCACUACGCUGACUGAGAACACAGCUGAAAACAGGGAGCUUUACGUGAAGACCACCCUGCGAGAGCUGCUGGUCUAUGUUAUGUUCUUGGUGGACAUCUGUCUAUUGACAUAUGGAAUGACAAGUUCCAAUGCCUAUUACUACACCAAAGUGAUGUCUGAGCUCUUCCUGCAGACCUCUACAGAUGGCCGUGUCUCCUUCCAGUCCAUUGGCAGCAUGGCUGACUUCUGGGUGUAUGCACAAGGUCCCCUGCUGGACAAUCUUUACUGGACAAAGUGGUACAACAACGAGUCCCUGGCAGCACACAGCACCCAGUCGUACAUCUAUUAUGAGAACCUGCUGCUGGGUGUCCCACGCUUGAGACAGCUGAAGGUGAAGAACAACUCCUGUGUGGUCCAUGAUGACUUCAAGGAGGAAAUCUCAGGCUGCUAUGAUGUAUACUCUGAGGACAAGGAGGAAAAGGUCUCCUUUGGGCUCAUCAAUGGAACGGCGUGGAGGUACCACACUGAGGAGGAGCUGGGUGGUUCGUCUCACUGGGGAAGACUAACCAGUUACAGUGGGGGAGGAUACUACAUAGACCUCAAGAUGACCAGAGAAGAGAGUGCUGAAGCCCUGCAAGUCUUGAAGGAGAAACUGUGGCUGGAUCGGGGAACACGAGUUGUCUUUAUUGAUUUUUCUGUGUAUAAUGCAAAUAUCAAUCUGUUCUGUGUUCUGAGGUUAGUGGUUGAGUUUCCAGCCACUGGUGGUGCCAUUCCCUCCUGGCAAAUCCGGACAGUGAAGCUUAUACGAUAUGUCAGCGCGUGGGACUUCUUCAUUGUUGCCUGUGAAAUUGUAUUCUGUGUCUUUAUCUUCUACUAUGUGGUGGAAGAGGCUUUGGAGCUCCGUAUCCACAAGCUUCAGUACUUCACCAGCAUCUGGAACAUUCUGGAUGUAGUUGUCAUUCUGCUCUCCAUUGUCGCUAUUGGGUUUCACAUCUUUCGCACCACUGAGGUGAACAGGCUGCUGGGAGAGUUGCUGAAACGCCCCAACACCUAUGCAGACUUUGAAUUCCUGGCAUUCUGGCAGACACAGUACAACAAUAUGAAUGCAGUCAACUUAUUUUUUGCCUGGAUCAAGAUAUUCAAGUACAUUAGCUUUAACAAAACAAUGACCCAGCUCUCCUCCACACUGGCACGUUGUGCCAAGGACAUCCUGGGCUUUGCCAUUAUGUUCUUCAUUGUCUUCUUUGCCUAUGCCCAGCUGGGUUACCUACUUUUUGGGACACAAGUGGAAAACUUCAGUACCUUUGUUAAAUGCAUUUUCACCCAGUUUCGGAUCAUUCUUGGUGAUUUUGACUACGAUUCCAUUGACAAUGCCAACAGGGUCCUUGGGCCUAUUUACUUUGUCACCUAUGUGUUCUUUGUUUUCUUUGUGCUUCUGAACAUGUUUCUGGCCAUCAUCAAUGACACAUACUCAGAAGUCAAGGAGGAACUUUCGAGCCAGAAAGAUGAGCUGCAGCUCUCUGACAUCUUGAAGCAGAGCUACAACCGGACACUCGCAAGGCUGAAGCUGAAGAAGGAGCAGAUUUCUGAUGUGCAGAAAGCCCUGCAGAAUGGAACGAAACAAUUAGACUUUGAAGACUUCAAGAAUAGCUUGAAGGAACUGGGCCAUGCAGACCAUGAGAUCACAGCAGCUUUCUCCAGAUUUGACAGAGAUGGCAACCACAUCCUUGAUGAAGAAGAGCAACAGCAGAUGAAGCAUGACCUAGAGGCAAAAAGUGUUGCUCUGAAUACAGAGAUUGAAAAUUUGGGGAAAUCCUAUGGUGACAACAACCUGGAUGAGAAUCUGACCUACAUGGAAGCAAGGAAUAACCAAACCAAUAAGGCCACCUGGGUUUCCAAAGAAGAGUUCCAAGUCCUCCUGCAUCGUGUGCUGCAGUUGGAGCAGUCCAUAAACAGCAUUGGCUCCAAGAUUGAUGCAGUGGUGAACAAGCUUGAUGUGCCAGAAAGAAAAGAGCUGAAGAGGAAGGAUCUGUUGGGCAAACCAGUGGGUGAUGGUCAGAAAGAAGAAGAAGCCAGUCAGAAAGAGCUGCACCCCCAGAGCCUAGACCAGCUGGAGAAAGAAGAAGCAGAAAGCUGGGGGAUGGAACAUGUACAGAGAAAUAAUCUGAGUGGCAACUCUUCCCAAAAUAGGGUCUAUCACAUCUUGUCCAAGUCAAGUGUGCUGGGGUCUCAGGUGCCCAAGAACCUCUAG